AUGUCCAAAAUUACAAAAGCCCCUCGUUACCAAUGCCUACUUGCAAGGCAGAAUUACUUGCCAAUGGCAAAGUUUCCCAAACUGUCUCUCUUUCUGAUCAAAGCCAGUUUACAUCAGCAAUGGUUUCUAACUAGGCUUUUGGAAGAAUGUGAGAAUGUCAUUGAUGAAAUUGAAGGCACCACACCCUCGCUAGUCUUUGAUUUUAGCCAGCCUCUUCCUGUUCCCAGCAAUGAUGAUAAAAAGAAUCUUGUGUUCAUGCAGUCGAUCCAAGAGUUCGGAAUUUCUCAUCGAGCCCACGAAAAGAUUCUUCUUGAGCGCUUCUCAGGUAUCAAAGCGGACGGAUACAACAUUUGCAUCAGAGGUUGUAUGCAGUUCAACAACAAGAAUGAUAUCGCAUGCAUAAAAUGCAGUGAAGCAAGAUACAAAAAUGGCCAAACUAGCGAAAGUGACACCAGGGUUCCUGUGAGAUCGAUCAUACAGCUCCCUUUGGCCAGACAGCUUGCUUUGUGCUUGGCUGAUGACAAGACCAGGGCUGAAAUGAUCUAUCGUCAUAACUACCAAUCCAGCCAAGACGGGCAAAAAGCAGAUGUUUUUGAUGGUCAUGUAUACCAAUUCAUGAAGCAUCUGUUUUCUGGUGAAAACGAUAUUGCGAUUUUGUUGUCCAUGGACGGGUUCAACCCACACAAUGUACCUGGAUCAGUAACCAUUGUUCAUGCAACUGUCUUGAACUUGAGUCUGACAAUCCAUUAUGAGAAAAACAGGAUGAUCCAAAUAGCAAUGCUUCCUGGUUGCACUGGUCCCAGUGACAUCUGGUCUUUUCUUAAGCCAAUGCUGAGAGAUCUCAGUUUGCUCCAGACAGAAGGCAUGGAAGUAAAGGCACUGACAACAACGAUCAGGGCAAAGGUGCAUGUCCUCAUGGCUACUGGUGAUAUUCCGGCUCUGGCAAAGCUGGCAUGCCAUUGGGCCAAACUCCUAAACAUGGCCAGUACUUCUGCAUGUUGCCUGGAACCUAGACGCGCUCACUGGAGAGUUUCAGAAACUACAAUCUGGCAAGCAGUGAAGACAGAAAGGGGCUCAAUGGUAUGGGGACUUGUACGUGGAAAGUAUGGAAUCAAGCAUCCUCUAUGUCUUUCUCUUGCCACUCAAAGGGAGAUUGGUACUGCAAUGGUAGCCACAAAAUCCACAAUCCCUACAUCGUUGCAUGGUGCCUGGAGUGAUGUGACAAAGAAUGCCAGUUUCUUUAGCACUACGGCAGAGAAAAUGGUAACAUGUUACCACUUUGGUAACAUAACUGCCAUUUUUUACUUAAUAAAAAAUGGCAGUUAUGACUCUGUAUAA